UGACCAGUUCUCUAUUUAAGCACAACUUUCCGUUCGAUUCUCUUUUUUGUUCCGUAAAUCCUAGUGAUGCCGCUAAAGAAGCAUAAAUCAUUCAAACAAAAGCAUUAUCUCAAUAAUGUAGACGUUCCGCUCUCGAAAUCAGGCGCCAAAGUGCUGAAAACCCCAAACAACGCACAGAACGAGGACAAGCAUCACCAACAGCCCCCACCGAUCGUUCGCUCGAUCCUCAAAAACGCAGGAUCCGCCACAACACAAGCUCCAACGACUAAUAAGUACAAACAGCCAGAACUGCACUCGACCCUCGGAGUGAGCAAACAAAUAGAAACAGUCCGGAGAACGCACACUGCCCCUAUCACUAACAUCGGACAACUAACGCCACGAACCAAGAAGUUCGUCAAAGCACAGAUCACCAAAAAGCUGAACCACCAGUACGACGAGCGGACUUUCAAGGCACUAACGCCCGUCAAUGUCAACGAUUCGGUGCUGCUCCAGAAUCCACCGGGCGCCUUGAAGAAUCGAUGCAAGUUUCAGGACAAAAAGGAGAUGACACGAGAACCGGUGCUUAGCGAUUAUCUGAAACCCAUUCCACGCUUCUCGCACGAUUUUCAACCGUACAUUCCAACGCUCCCUCUGCCACGUGCAGCCGCAGGCGAUGGUUGGAACAACUUCGACAACAUAAUGCACGUCUUUGCUCUUACCGAUCCCGAGCAUUAGUAGUAAGUUGUUUCGGAAGGAAGACUAUUCGUGACCAGCUAUGAGACCGGAGAGGUAGGGAGAACACGGAUGUAACGCGUAUUGAGCAUUUUUAUUAAUUCCGUUGCAUCUGAGAUAGCCUGCUUGCAACUUGGCAGAUAACAAUCAAUCUAAAUCGUUCUUUUGGAAAUGGGACCGCGCCUAGGUUUGUCCCCUGCUUUGGGAGUGCAAUCUAUCAUUGAAUGUGAAAGUUUUUGUAAUUUUUUUCUUCAAAUAUAAAUUUGUUGUGGAGUAGCGUUGACCCCUAAUCCUUUCUUGCCAUCACUUUCUACAUCAUCACAGCGAUUCUAAUCGUUCACCAGACCAAUGUCCUUUCUUUCUGAGAAUGAUCACGGAUAGAUCGCGAU